UAGAUGGAGAAAUACUUCGUCUGCGAUGCAAGAUCUUCGCCAAUUUUACUGCUGUGCUUCAAGAUCACGCACUAAGUUCUACAUUUCGUUCUUUGAACAACUUGGAUGAGCAGAUGUGUAAGGCUGAAUGCAUCAUGGAGCAUCAAUGCAAGUCGAUAAAUUUAAACAAAGAGCUGGGUAUUUGCCAGUUGAAUAACAAAUCAGCACAGGAUCCCAAAGAUUUUAUUGAAACACAGGAAAAGGAGGGUUGGACAUAUUAUUCAACCCGUUUUGAAGAGAAAAAUGUUGGUCAGUAUUGCCAAGCAAAUGAUUCUUGCAGCGCCGGACAUAAAUGCAUUGACACUUGCUACUGCCCAGGGUAUAAAUGCAUUGCCACAGCAAAGAAUAUCGCCUAUAAGAAGCCAUCUUCCCAUUCAUCUACCCAUAAAUAUGGCGGAAUAGAACUUGUUGCAAGCUUUGGAAAUGAUGGUGUCAGAACGGCAGACUGGCAGAGAUGUAGUUUCACCAGUUAUGAAGAGCAACCCUGGUGGCAAGUGGAUCUUAAAAAGGUAGCCGCUGUUACACAUGUUCGGAUAACGAAUUCUGUAGACUGGCCUACACUUGAUAUAAACCCAUUCAAUGUUAGUGUUGGGAAAGAUAGUUCAAACGGCGGAAGACACAAUGCGCUUUGUGUAAACGGUGGAAAAUUGGCUGGCGGCGAGAUAAAAACUUUUUAUUGUCCAAAGCUGAUGAUGGGUCGCUAUGUGAGUGUGUUUUUGAACAGGAAAGAAUUUCUUCAAGUAUGCGAGUUUGAGGUCUAUGAAGGUAUGUUUCAAAUAAUAUUUGUGGCUUGUUUGUUUUACAUAUUUGUUUCAAAUAUUCUAUGUUUAUCUUUUGGCUCUUGGUUAAGUAUAUGGACCAGGCAAUAUCACUUAAUUUGUUGUAAAAAUACAAAGCUCCAUCUAUUUGUCUUCACCUAAAUAGUACAUACAAAGUCUAAAUGAAGAAAGAAAUUUUCUCUUUGACAGGUUUUUGUAUAUGCAUAA